UCCUAUAAACUCCCCCAUUUCCUCUCUCUUCUCCAUCCCAAUUCCCAUCUGCUCCUCCAACUCCAAUCCAAUCGAGAGGUCGAUCUCUGAAUCUGAUCUGAUCACCAUGGUGGUGGCACUGGGUCCCGGCCGGUUCUACGGCAGCAGCCUCCCACGGCCGCGCUUCUUCUCCGGCGGCGACCGCGUCGAGCCGCCGGUGGCCGUCACCGACCCGCUCAUGGCGUGGGCGCACGAGGCGCACUGGUCCAUGGGCGGCCUCAGCUCCAAGCGCCUCCGCCUGCAGGGCCGCAUCGAGGGCUCCAUCGACAAGCUCCGCCGCCGCGCCCGCCGCGACGCCAGGAAGGCGGCCAAGGCCCGCGCCGCCGGCAUCAAGCCCCGCUCGCUCGCCGCCCUCGGCUCCGACGACGACGACUCCUCCUCCGACGAGGAAGAGGAGGUCGAGGCCCAGAAGCAGCAGAUCGUCGACGAGCCGUCGGAGUCGGAGGAGGAGCAGGAGGAGGAGAACGAGGAAGAGGAAGAGGAGGAAGCCCUCGCCACCCUCGCCGCCGCGGCCAAGAGGAAGCGGGCGAGGAAGCUCAGCGACGAGUUCGACCGCGUCGCGACCAUGCAGGAGGGGGAGGCCAAGAAGCAGAAGCCCGCAGCAACCUCUACACCGGCGAGGACUUCACCGAGGAGGAAGGCCGCCGAGGUGGCUCUCACCCCGGCGCCGGCGAGGGCGUCACCGAGGGGGAAGGCUGCUGCCGAGGGGGCUACUGCUGCACCGGCGAGGGCGUCGCCGAGGAGGAAGGCCGCGGCAAGGAGGACAUCGCCGAGGAUGAAGCACUGAGAGAGGUGGCCUGCUUAAUGUGAAAUCCUAGUUCUUGCUCUGUUACAUUGGUCGCUCUAGAGAAUCGAGAUGUGAUUGAUGGAUAUGUAAUGUGUUAUGUGUGUGUGCUAAGUAUUUAGUGAUGAAACCAUUGAAAUGUGAUGCUAAUCUCUGAAUUAGUCAUGAAUUCCUGAAUCAACACAUUUCCAGAUCUGAAUUCUGAACA